AGUCCUGAGCCUUAACCCCGUCGUGGCUGCACUGGCGGCCGCGCGGGUCGCCGCCCCUCCGGCUGGAGAGCCAGAUCUGGGCGGGUCGCUGUUCUAGUCCAUCGGUUGGCCGGCAUCCAGACAGGAGUGAUCAGAGGGAUGAACAGGCCACAGCCUCCUGGGCAGAAGUAGCCCCUUUGGGGUCAUAGAAAUUGUCUUCUACAAGGAGGAAACAUCCUACAUCAUGAAGUAGAAUGGUACCAUCCCAGAAGAUGCUCCAACCCAACACUUCAGCCAAGUGCCAAACAGUUGCAGAUUUUUUAAUGUUUUACAAGAAUUGCUGAAAUCAAGUGUUGGGCUCACACUCCCUGUGUGAUCAUAUGACACUCACUGAAUAUUCAGUGGGAACACCAUGAUUUGAAGACUGUACAGCCUGCCUGACUCUGGAUAACACUUGGAUUCAGCUGCUCUACCACGAUUACUCCCUUGAAGGAGACAUAAAGCUGAAGAUUCUUGUUGGAGCUUGAUCUUGUGUGUUUCCUGCUCUUCUACUAGUCACCAUGAAGCUCCUGGUACUCCUCAUGUUGCUUGGUGUCUCCACUAUCCUGGUCUCUUGCCAGGACGCAGACACAAGCAGCACUGACAGUUCUGAUGCUGCUGCUUCUGCAGAUAACACAGAUGAUGCAACUGAAGACACUGAAUCUGAGACAGAAGCUAAUCCUGACAGUGAUUCUACUGAUGUCAAGGAAAAUAAUGAGUCUGGUGAUGUAGCCGAGGAAAAUGGUGAGGAUGCUGAUGAGGACUCUGAAGAAAUCCAGAAAGAAGAAGAAAAGGAAGAUAAUGAGACAGACAAAGAAGAAGAGGAUAAAAAAGAGUCCAAAGAAGAUGACAAAGGCGAAAAGAAAGGAAAAAGCAGUAAGAAACAUUUCACCUAUUUUUUUUUCUUUAUGUGACUCUUAGAUUCCUUAGGUUCCCCAUGGUCAGAGUGAGCUGUAUUUUAGGGAAGACAUGGGGGAAGAUAAAGAGAGGGAGAAAGAGAGAGCUUUGUUUCAUUCCUCUUUUCUAAAUUCAUUGCUAUGUCUAUAUGUA